CUUAGACGACAUCCGUUCCUCUUCCAUUUAAGUGUUAUCAAAACAUAGCUUUGCUUGCAAGCUAAGCUAACCACUAAGCUAGAUAAAUAUGUUGCUGGAUAAUAUAGUAAGUCCAUAUCAUUGUAUGAACCGCAGCAGUUGAAAUUAAUUGCUCACAGGAACGGCGACACAACAGUUUGCGACCAAAAUCACGAGAAGCUAACGUUAGCUCAGCUUGCGUUAACGGCGAUGUAGUUACCGCAUAGAUACCUUGUUAAGUAAUUGUAAGAGUAAGUGUGGCUUCGGAUACUAAUACUUAUAUGCUAUAAAUUAAGAAAGCCCUCAGUGAACGUGCCUCUGUUAAACUGUAAAACGUUGAUGAUUUGUUUUACAGACAGAAAGCUGUGCGGAAAACCAGGCGGCACAAUGGAGGCAGUCAAACCUCAUCAAUGUGAAAAAUGUGGACAGAGUUUCUCAAGGCCGUGACAUAUUUGUCUCACACCCCUGUUCGAAAAGGCUGACCCUUCCAUCCAGUAAAGGACAGCUGGGAAACUACAAAUGCUCUCAGUGCAAUGAGGUCUUUACCAAGCCAGGUGCUCUGAAACACCACUUUAAAACCAUUCACAGUGGACACAUCCCUAAAGGUCUAUUUCCUUGUGCUGAGCAAGGCUGCCAGUUCAGCAGCACGGACCAUCAGGAAUAUCAAGCCCACUUGACGUCUACACAUGGUCUCACUCUAAUUCCUUGCACCUUCCGGUCCUGCAAAGUGUCACUGCCCACACAGGGUGAGAUGGAGAGACACUUACGAGGCCACAUGGCCUUUGGCUGCUUUCAGUGUCAGUUUGUCACUGAAAAUGCAAAAGCACUGAGUGACCACGUCUUAGAACACAACCAUCUUCCAACUUGUCCUCAAGGGAACAAGACCACAUCCACAACUGUAUGCACCACUGUAAGCCAUCAGCCUCAGGCUUCCAGCAGGCCAAAAAGAAAACUUAAAUCCAACCCAGCUUAUGCAUCAUCUUUACCAGAAGAUGGGCACAAGGAACAGCCUGAGAGGGAAGGGCACAAUAUUAAAAGAGUGAGAAAGGCGGUGGAGAGAGACAGUCCUCUGGCAGUGGAUGCUGUACCACUGAAAUCCAAAGAGUACCUUGCAGAGGGAGCAGAGCACAUCUAUCGCACCAACACCUGCCCCGCAUGUCGGCGCUGCUUUAAGAUGCGGUCACACCUGCAGGAGCACCUCCACUUACAUUUUCCUGACCCCAGUCUCCAGUGUCCCACCUGCAAGCGUUACUUCACCAGCAAGAGCAAGCUACGCAUACAUAGGCUCCGUGAGGCAGGUGAAAAGGUUCACCAUUGCCACCUGUGUGAAUAUUCUGCUGUGGAACGAAAUGCAAUCCGUCGACACCUUGUCAGCAUGCAUGCUGAUGAGGCAGAUGAUGGUACAAACGGCCACAACUAUCCUUGCCCCACCUGUGGUCAAGGCUUUCGCCAAAGCAGGUCACUUAAGGCUCAUAUGAAAAUACACAACAUCCUACCUGACAGCAAGCCAGUGGCCUGUUUCCAAGAGGGCUGUUCUUUCCAGAGUUCUUUGCGCAAAGAACUUCUUAGACACACUGUCGAAGUCCAUGGGGUCAAGGCAGUAGAAUGCCGCCAUCAUGCCUGUGGUGCCAUUUUUCAAAAAGAGACAGACAUGGAGACUCAUUAUCGGACACACCUCGCCUACCACUGUUCAGAGUGUGAUUUCUCUUGCUCCAACAAAACAGUUUUCCUCCAGCACCAGCGGCACGGUCACCCAGGGAAUGACAGGCUUUGCUGUGACUUUUGCUCCUUUGUCACAUUUAAUCCUGUGGAGUUUGAGCAGCACAUUGGACGUUUGCACGCCAACGAGAAAAUCCACCGCUGUUCUCAGUGCAGCUACAUGACCUCACAUAAACGUGGCUUGAAGAGACAUAUGCUGAUGCACAGUGGUGACAAGCCUCACAAGUGUAGCCUGUGUGAUUUCAGGUGCCGAGAUGAAUCCUACCUCUCUAAACACAUGCUCACUCACUCAGACAACAAGAACUUCAUGUGCGCUGAAUGUGGAUAUGUCACUAAGUGGAAGCACUAUCUGAAUGUCCAUAUGAGGAAACAUGCUGGAGACCUCAGGUAUCACUGUGAUCAGUGCCCCUAUCGUUGUCACCGCAUGGACCAGCUAAAUAGCCACAAACUACGACAUCAAGCCAAAUCGCUCAUGUGUGAGAUCUGUGCUUAUGCCUGCAAGCGCAAAUAUGAGCUUCGCAAUCACAUGUUGGCCAAACAUUCUGGAGAGGAGAAACCACCAUCUGUUUAUAAGUGCAAAUUCUGCACAUACACUACCUGUUACCGACAAGCACUUCAAAAUCAUGAGAACUGCAAACAUACCAGGCUGAAAGAGUUUCACUGUGCCCUUUGUUUCUACUCCUCAUUCAGUAGCAUCAGCCUCUUCCUGCACAAGAGAAAAGCUCAUGGGUAUGUACCUGGGGACAAAGCAUGGCUAGAAAACUAUGCUGCAAAGGAGAAGGAGAGGAAUUCAACAGAGUUCUUGCAGGAUUUUUACAAUAAGCGCUCAACAUCUCAUGAGCAGUCCGAACAAUCCACUGGAGGACAUCUACCAUCUCAAAGAGAGCAAUCAGAUUUUCCUGGUGCAGCAGAUACAAGCAAAGAAGCUGUACCUGAGUCAGAAACGGUGGAUGCAGUGAAUGUUUUUGAUGUUGUUUCUCAAGAGGUUGUUAAUGAAGGCAUUUCAGACAGUCUUCCAUCUGUGAGCUGUCCAGAGGAGUACUGUACUCUUAUUUUAACUACACUGUCUACCACUGAUUAUCAAACCCCCUCACUGCAAAAUAUGGAGGAAAACUGUGCAAAUCAAACCUCAAGGACUGCCAAUUCUGAUUCAUCUCAAGAAAAGGCAGACACCUCUACAUCUACAAGUUCGUCAGAGGAGGAUAAUGUAGCAGUGCCCCAUGAAGAGUGCGAAUUAAGUGAUUUAGAUGACAGCUAUGAGCCUCUGAAUAAUUCAGCCAGUCAACCAGUUGAGCCUGGGAAGUGUCAAACUCCUGAAGUACAGGGUGAUGGUGAAACAGUUGGUUCUGUUUUGCCACCUGAGCAAAAUCAGCCCUUAGAAUCAGAGGUCCGUUUAAAAGCCAUGAAGAAGCAUGACAAGGACCAAGCAGAGGCCAUGGUUUUGGAGGGACGGGUGCAGAUGCUUGUGGUGCAGACUAAAGAGAUUUAUCGCUGUGACAAGUGUUCUUACGUAACCUUCGAGGAGACGGCUUUGAAGUACCACCGCCAGGCUUUGUGCCGUGGAAAGAUAAAGGAACACAAGUGCCAGGCCUGUGGUGCACAGUUCAAACAGAGGCGAGGUCUUGACAGUCACCUUGCAAAGAAGUGCCCCGCACUUCCGCGAAAAAGGAGGACAUUUGUAGGUAUUUCAAAUACAUGUCUAGUUGAGCAGGAGAGCUCUAGUCAGGGUAAGGAGGGAUCCACAAAUCUGGCCGAGGGAACAAAGUCUAAUCAGACAGAGCUUCUGUCCUCACAAAACAGAGAUGAUCAGGAAUUUCAUCAGCAAGAAGAGGAAGUAUGCACAUCUCAUUUAACAAUCUGUGAAGGUGGUGAUGAUAUUCCCCCAACAUCCACUAACUCAGGACAUCAGCAAAGUAAAAUUCAGAUAAAUAAGCAAGUCAAGCUUGUGAAAAAACAAUCAGCUUCAUAUAACAAAGAUAGAAGGUGUAUCACUGCAGAAAAAGUCCUUUACACUGAAAAAGAUGGGAAAUUUAAAUGUAAGCAGUGCAGUUUUUCAUCAGUCAAGCUUUCAACAAUGGAACGGCACCUCUCAGCCUGUCAAAAAAAAUGUAGGAAAAGAGGGAAUCAGAUCCUUUCAGAACUGGAUGAUAGGUGUGAUAAUAAUUCAGCAAAAGAAAAACAGGACAUGGUGAAUGAGUUCAGUGGAAGAACUGAGAAGAAACUUCAGAACUUCUCUUGUCCAAACUGUGCUUUCAAGUGCAAUCAGAAAACUGCAUUAGACAGCCAUAAAAAGAGAGGCUGCAUGAAGCCCGGUGAAGUCCAAUGUACCAUGUGUUCAUUUGUAGACAAAUCUAAAAUUUCUUUGGCCCGUCACAUUCUGUACGUUCAUAAGAAAAAGAAAUGCGAUGUUGCUAAACCUAAACAUUUGCUUUGCCAGCACUGCACUUUCACCUGUAAGCAAGAACGGUGCAUGGCACAACACGUUGCACUCAAACACAAAGGCGUAAGGCCUCACAGUUGCCGGUACUGUCCUUUUGCCACCACAAGGCGCUAUCGCUUGGAAGAGCACGAGUCUCUUCACACAGGAAUCGGUCGUCACAAGUGUGAUAUGUGCAGCAAGACCUUCGGGGCUGUGACCAAACUGCGUCAGCACAAGAUGCGCAUCCACGACAAACAGCCUACACACUUCUGCUCGCUGUGUGACUUCAGCGGCUACGCACUUGACGACGUGAGGCGGCACAACCUCAGGUGUCAUACAGGGGAGUUAGGGCAUGCUUGCACUCAUUGUGAUUCUCGCUUUAGUUCAGAAAUUGCACUAAAAAACCACCGUAAACGUGUACACCAGCUCCAAGUAUGUUUCUCUUGCAAGCAGUGUGACUACACAUGUAGCAGUGAGGUCAUGCUGAAGACCCACCAGCAAAGCAAGCACUGUCAAGUAAAGUGCGCCACCUGUCAGGAGUCGUUUGAAACAAAGGAAAACCUGGAGAUUCAUCAGAGAACCCACCUGGCACAUAAGUGUCAGCUUUGCCCCUUUGCUGCUAAAACAAAGCAGCUGUUGGCACAACACCUUCUGAAAGAACACGAGGAGGGAUCUCUGGAAGACAAGCCUCUCAAGUGCAGCACUUGUCAGUUUGCUUGUCAGCAUCAGCUGGUGUUAGAGCAGCAUCUCCGUUCACAUGGAGGCAAGCGUCUGUACAAAUGCAUGGACUGCAAGUACUCAACUCGGAACAAGCAGAAGAUGACAUGGCACAUUCGCAUACACACUGGGGAGAAGCCUUACAGCUGUGAGCAGUGCAGUUACACCUGCACUGAUCCAUCUAGGCUAAAGCUCCAUAUGAGGGUUCACCAAGAGGAGAAGAAGUACCUUUGUCCAGAGUGUGGCUACAAAUGCAAGUGGGCAACUCAGCUGAAGUACCACAUGACCAAGCACACAGGAGAGAAGCCAUAUGCCUGUGAGGAGUGUGAUUACCGCACCAACAGAGCAGAUGCCCUGCGUGCCCACCGGGACACACAGCACUGCGACAUGCGCCCUUAUGUCUGCGAAAAAUGUGGCAAAGCCUUCAAGACUAGUUUCAUACUGAAAACCCACCAGCGGCAGCAUAGUGACGAUCGGCCGUACGUGUGCGGAUUGUGCGACAAGGCCUUCCGGUGGCCGGCAGGUCUCAGACAUCACUACCUCUCUCACACCAAGCAGCAACCUUUCUGCUGUCGUCACUGCUCCUACAGAGCCAAACAGAAGUUCCAAGUGGUAAAGCAUCUGCAAAGACACCACCCGGAGAUGUCAGUAGAGCAGGGAGUGGUGAAAGACUCUGAAGCUCUUAGCCUUACCCUGAAGGAGGCCUUGCAGGGGACGCUGGAUGAGAGAGCAGUGGAAGUGGAGGAGGAGGGAAAAGCCAUUGAAGUAGCGGUAGUGGUAGUAAAAGAGGUGCAAAGAGGGCAAGAUAAUGAGACAAAACACUGAAGAGAGGGCACAAUACUGUCAAUGCAGUGUUCAGUUCAGAUUAUAGAAGUUUAUCACUGUUAACCACGACAUAUCUGUCAAUAUAUUUCACCACAUGAUUUAAUUGUACCUUAAAAGGCUAAUAAAACACAUUAGUGCAUAUUGUAGUGAGGGACCAUGGAUUGGAUGGAGUCUGUGUGUGUGUGUGAACACAAUACUGUCAACUUGAACAAUAAAUGAGUCAGACAUG